AUGCACCGGAUUCACUCGUGGGCGAAAGCUCACGCAUCCUCUAGCGGCCUGCCAGAUCAGACUCCCUCUCAACAGGCCGCCGACCCUGUUCAUACCGAAAAGCCUCUUCAACAUGGAGAAGUGAAUAUACCAGUGGAGGAACCCACUCCAGGGUCCCUCACGGAAAACGACUCAAAGCCGGGUUUUCUGAUCCGUAUGCGAAAUGGCUCCGGCCGUUUCUAUCACCAUACCAAGGAUGCGGUCUGCCACAGCUGGAUUAAUGUUCUGUUGAUCUUUGUGCCGGUCGGCAUCGCCUGCGAGGCCGCGGGUCUUAACCCAGCCAUCAUCUUCGCAAUGAACUCGGUGGCCAUUAUUCCCCUGGCUGGAUUGCUCAGUCAUGCCACGGAGAGUGUUGCCAGCCGUCUUGGUGACACCAUUGGAGCCUUGAUCAACGUCACUUUCGGAAAUGCAGUCGAAUUGAUCAUUUUCAUCAUCGCUCUAGUCAAGGACGAGAUUCGCAUCGUUCAAGCUUCUCUUCUUGGCUCAAUUCUCGCCAAUCUGUUGUUGAUCAUGGGCAUGGCAUUCCUGUCUGGUGGUCUUCGCUUCCGAGAACAGAUUUAUAACAGUACCGUUACUCAGAUGAGUGCUUGUUUACUCAGUUUGAGUGUGAUGAGUCUCCUCUUGCCCACUGCCUUCCACGCUUCGUGGUCGGAUAGCCGCGAUGCUGAUCGCGAGACUCUCAAGGUCAGCCGUGGUACCAGUGUCGUUCUUCUCCUGGUGUAUAUUCUCUACAUCAUCUUCCAGCUUAGAACACACUCGUAUCUCUACGCUAGUAUCCCCCAGGCUAUCAUUGACGAGGAGUCCAAACCCGGUGUCUUGGCAGACUUCAUGAACAGCUCUUCCGACUCCUCAUCUAGCUCUAGUGAUGAGUCGGAUGACACUACAACUUCCUGGACUACCGCCAAACGGAUCAAAAGAGCAAUGAAGUACCGCAGACAUCGAAAGUCAAGUACAAGCUCGAAAGGGACAACAUCUCGUAAUUCCUUCCAAAAAAAGGCCAUGGCGUCGACUUCCGAUGAAAACCAGGCUUCCAUUGAUGGCAAUGAGCACGCCAUUGAGCUUAGUGACGAAAUUCGCUACGACGCCGAUGAAGAUGUUCAGUCCUCUUCUGCAGUCCGGUCUCGCGACUUUGGUUUGGCUCUGAGCCGUAUGGACAGCAAAGCGAGCAAAAAGUCGAACAAACGGGAUCGCAAAAUGCGCAAGGCCCGGAAAGCAGAGAAGAAGGCUAAGAUCGCUGCCCCCCCAGGAUAA